GCCUGGAGAACAUGGAGAACCUGCUGAGGAACAGGAACUUCUGGAUCCUGCGCCUGCCCCCCGGCGCCAAGGGGGAGGUCCCCAAGGUCCCCGUGGCGUUCAGUGACGCUUCAUUUAGCUUCUCGGAGGAGGAGUGGAAGAACUUGAACGAGUGGCAGAAAGAGCUUUACAGGCAUAUCAUGAAAGGCAACUACGAGGCUGUGAUCUCGAUGGACACUGCCAUUUCAAAACCUGACCUCCUGUCGCGGAUUGAGCAAGGAGAGGAUCCCAACGCUGAGGAGCAGGAUGACUCUGAGGGAGGAGAAACUCCCACGGAUCCCAGCACUGAGUUUUCCUUUCCCGGUCCCGAUGACAGCUCGUGGGGUAAAUACGAAGAGACUCUGGCUGAAAGUCACGACGGCUCCGAGGAAGAGGAGAGCAUGGAGGCCCCCAGUACAUAUGCACAGCAGUGUGAUGAGGAAGGUCCUGACAGCCUUGAGCUUCCUAGCUCGUUAGCAGGAAAGUGGGAAGAUGUUUUCUCAAACCCGGAGGAAGAGGUAAAGCCAAGCGGCAAGAGUCGGAGCGGAUCGACCCCGCAGCAGAGAGCCGCGACGGGCAACGGGCUGAGGCGCUCCGCUCGCCGCGGGAGAGACUUGGCAAAGAAGGACGCUCCCGAGGAAGCGGCCGCAGUGGAGGGGCCGUACAUCUGCUGCGAGUGCGGGCAGAGCUUCCUGGACAAGCAGCUCUUCGCUGCCCAUCAGAGAGCGCACGCGGGUGAGGAAGCCUGCACUUCCCUGGAGCCCGGGGAGAGCUUCAGGCAGAAAUCCAAAACCUCUCCGAAAGGCCAGGGCCCGUCCCGCUCCAAGGCGUCCAAGCGCGCCGACUCGGAGAAGAGCUCCGCUUUCAAGUACGGCUUCGUCAGGCACCAGGCGAACAACAUGGUGGAGAGGCCGUACACCUGCUCGCAGUGCAAGGAGAGCUUCAGCCUGGAGGUGAGCCUCAUCUUGCACCAGAAGCUCCACACGGGGAAGGGUGACGGGCCGCUGACCUGCACCUACUGCGGGAAGGACUUCCGAGACCUCUCCAAAGCCAUCCGGCACCAGCGCAUCCACACGGGGGAGCGGCCGUACCAGUGCACGGAGUGCGGGAAGAGCUUCAUCCGGCGGGACCACCUGCUCAAGCACUGGCGGGUCCACACCGGGGAGACGCCGUACCAGUGCCCCGUCUGCGGGAAGCACUUCCGCUACAAAGAGUCUCUGAAUUGCCACCAGAAAAUCCACUCCCGCAACCCCCGGCCCAUGGAGGAGUCGCAGCACAACUUGGAGUCGGCCACUCAGACGGGCCACUUCUGCCUGAAAAAAGAAACUAAGCAGUAGCGCCGCGCUGGGUGGCCGGGCGGAAGGGCUCGCGGUUACGAUACGGUCUAGCCGGUGGACAUGCAGCAUGAUGGGAGGUGAACUUGUAUCGCAGCUAAUCCAUGUGGUCAUGCUACAAAGCCCGCUUUGUCGAAGCAUCGUAGGAAUUCCCCUUAAAAACUCUGACACGAAGGCCUGGGCACCUCUUGAGCCCUGCGGGGUUACGUGGGACUUCCACAGCGGUGCAGGCCUCGUACUAGUUGUCCCCCAUGCAGGUUUGGAUUUUGCCUGUAGAGAAUGCUCCUGAGAGCUUCUCUGGGGUCUGUAUUUAGCAGGUGUUUCCCCACCUAUCUUUGUGCAUAUUCAGGAGUGACAAGCUUUCGCUUUUCGUUCUUUUCCACUCGUUUCACCGCAAGGCUGGACGCGAGGCGCGAGGGAGGGAGGGGAGCCGCCGCUCCGGCCGCGCUGACGCACCUCCAGCAGCAGCCCUGCGCCGCGAGGCCGGGGCUGGGGUCCAGGGAAGAGAGGCGAAGCAGGGAUGUGGUUAGGGGCGUGACGCAGAACUUGCCGAAGGCAGAAAAGCAGAGAGGAGAGAGCGGCAAAGAGCAAGGUGAGAAAAAGAAGGUGUAGGAGGAAAGGACGCGAAGGAGGAAGGGCUGAGGACAUUGGAGCAGGAGGAGCCGGGAGGGCAGCGUGUGGGUGCACGGAGGCACGGUCGGGUAUCUGACCCGGAGAAGAGAUGUCUCUGUUCUUUUGAAGGAUGUUGCUUGCGCCAGUCAGGCUGCAGUUUCCCUCUGGCCUGAGGGAACGGUGCCGCUGGUCCGUCAUAGGAACUCUUGUCGAUGAAGGUGAUUUUAUUCAUAUUUUUUAACUGGGUUUGGUCUCACACUCAGGUAAGUCAGGCAAAUGAAAGGAACUUCUCCUAACCCCUGUAAAGAGCUGUUUGGUUUUUAGUUAAUCUAGAAGUAGUAUAAUAAUUAUUAUUAUUAUUAUAAUUAUUAUUAUUAUUAUAAUACGAGGAAAUGUGUGGCACUAUACUUCACUGUUGAACUAGAACACUUAAAUGUAUGAGGUAACUUACCGGAGUUUUUCAGACGUCUCUGUAAAUAUCGGUUGAAUUCUCUCGGAGCUAAGUGGUGUUGUUCCCAAGGUGACUGUAAGUAGUGUCUCUUCCGCUGUGUGUCGUCGGCUGCUGGUUUGUGACUGUGUUUUGUAAUAACUUUUGUAAAGUCUGUCAAUACAGUGUUUCCAUUCUGAAGCCCGUGUCGGGUGAGUGAUCGCAGCCCCGUUCCCCUCGCCCAGCCUCUGUGUUUCUCUCUGGCGGUGAUGCCUGCACACACUUGCCCUGCACCUGGCUGCUAUUUACCAGCGUUUUUCCAGGUACCUUGCAGAACUGGUGAACUGCACGAGCUCGGCAAGGGCUGCUCGAGUCCGUUACUGUCCGUGCCCAACAUCCGAGGAGCCACGUCCUGGAAAGCGCUGUUCAGCGCGGCUCUGGGGCUGCUGCGUGUGCUGGUGGUCAGCCUUUGGGGGCCGUGUUUUUAAGCUUUUUCUCUGCUGACAUCGUGGCUGGAAGCAGACCUUGGUUUCACACGAAAAUAUCCCUGCGCCUCCGGGAGCUGGCCUGUACCGUGCACAAAGGCUGCGGCGGCCAGCGAGCUGCUGCGGAGGUGGAGCAGGGACGCUGCUCGCGGACUGGCCCUGCAGCACCCACCGGCCCUCUGCGGUGGGUGUGGAGACCCCCCCGUGUACUCUGCGGAUUCAUCCUUCCUCCCUCACCCAGCUGGGGUGCCCCCGUGGCAGCCUGGCACGGAGGGACCGGGGUGCAUGGGGCCGCAGGAGGUUCAGCUGCUGAGCGGGGCAGCGCUGUCGGCGCGCUGG